UUAAAACCUUUCGUCGAGAAGAUGUUAUGAAACAUUACAACAUACAUAAAAAUGUAGAAAAGAUUAAUAAUGAACAAGAGAAUCCUUGGUAUUUGUUAAUAUAUAAUAAAGUGUGUGAUGUUAAAGAUUUUAUUCCUGGUCAUCCUGGAGGCGCUGUGAUUUUGACUCACGUUGGGAAGGAUAACUGCUCACACGAAGUAUUGGCAAAUUUUUAUAUUGGCAAUUUGGUAGAGGAAGAUAUCAUUACUAAAAGAGAAGGAUUUACACAAGAACUAAGAGAGAUCAAGGAAAUAUUUACAAAUAAGAAAUAUUUUGAUUCAUCAAAGACUUAUUAUGCUUUAAAGGUUCUUUCGAACCUUUUAAUUUCAUUUACAUCAUUAUUGAUAUUGAUUAAAUUCGGUGAUAAAUUAUUGGGUGUUGUAAUAAGUGCCGUAAUAUUGGGUAUUUUCUGGCAACAGUGUGGAUGGCUUUCGCAUGAUUUUUUACAUCAUCAAGUAUUUGAGGAUAGAAAAUAUAAUGAUUUGAUGAGUGAUUUUCUUGGUGGUGUUUGUCAAGGAUUUUCUCCUAGCUGGUGGAAGAAUAAACACAACACUCAUCAUGCAGCACCAAAUGUUCUUAGUCAAGACCCUGAUAUCAAUACGCAUCCCAUUCUUACAUGGUCCGAAUAUGCACUUUUUGAUAUGCUUGACCAAAAAUGGCAAAAGAAAAUGAACAAAUAUUUUCACCAAGCAUUCAUCUUUUUUGUACUCCCUGACGGUCAAGUCAACAAGACAACAAAAGCUCGUAUGCCAAUUAGCAAAAGCCAACAAAUUUCACUUGUCAUACAUUACAUUUGGUGUUCAUUGUUUCUAGGUUCAAUUGACGAUUUUUGGUUAAAAUUUUCAUUUUUUAUUACUUCUCAAACAACAUGUGGACUAUUAUUGGGUCUGGUGUUUGUUUUAAAUCAUUUUGGAAUGAAAGUACUUAGCGAAGAAAAAGCUCAGGAUAUGGAUUUUUUUGUUGAGCAAAUUAUCACCGGAAGAGAUAUUAUUGCUAGAAAUCCUAAAUUUCAAUGGUGUGUAGAUUGGUUUUGUGGUGGUUUAAAUUAUCAAAUUGAACAUCAUGUGACUAUGAUUUUAAUUACAUCAAAACUAGAAUUCCAAGCUUUAACACCUUUGGAAGCUAUAGCUUUUUUAAUUUCAAGAUCAUCCACCUAUCACCAUUAUCAUUCUCUUCUCGCACAACCCGCUCAAGAGCUACCAUCACAUUUGAUUAUUGACGAAUAA